UCUGAAAUAAACGCCUGAUUUAGAAAGCAGAAGUACUUUUCACCAAGUUCAGUGCAACAGGUAGGCGCCAUCUUUGUUUUCUUCAGACUGGUAACCACCCUUAGCUAUGUAACCUGGCUUGUCAAUGAAAUCCAACAUGGCGGACGGCUCACGCUUUCCGCCAUCAAACUUUCCACCUCAAAAUAUUCGCAUUCCAGCGCCAUUCACCAAUGAAAUUUCUUCUUCAUGCACAAAUCGUCUGGGUUUACCUCAAAAUCAAUUUUUCCCACAAUCGCAUCCGUCUACAAGCAAUUCAGUGCAUGGACAUAUUUCACAGAAACUACCAGCGAAUCCGAGUCACAACAUGGCUUACUACAAUGUGCAGAGAUUUCCAAAGCCUCCGUUCCAGCAAAAUCACGGCACUCUGCGACAAGGAAAGCAACCGAUGGCUGUGAAUAUGACGGAGAUGCAGCGACAUCCCUUUGCGGCCGGCCAGUUUACCACCGACAAACAACGGCAUGUACAAAAUUCAAGCCCUAACUCUCAUUAUGAACCUUUCUCUGGCCAUGGGCAAAUACAGCUUCAUCCAAGAAGUUCUCAGACUAAUAUGAACAAUAAUAUAGCGCAUAAUUCCUCAUCUUUCUCUCCUGGAGCUCGGCAAAUUUCAAACCUCAAUCCAUUACCAGCUGCAAGCAAAGUUUCAGUGAAACAUGAAAAUUCUUCUUUCAAUUCCUUUACUGAAUCAUUGCCAGGACCAUUUCCACAGCCCAUUUCUGGGUCACAUGUGCUAGCACCUAUCCAGUUUCCUCCAUCAGUACCAAACAGCAACCCAGCAAUGCACCUAACAGCACCUCCAUCAUUACCAAACAGAGUCCCUUCAUUGCACUUGGCAGCACCUGUGCUUCCAGCCCAUCAACCUUUUGACAGGGUCCAGGAAUUCUCAAGCCAGGACAGAAUAAAUACAUUUUUAAAAGAAAGAGGAAUUAGUAAACAGGACAAACAACAGACAAUAAAGAGUAGCUUGAAGUUACAUACAGCAAAAGAUCUGUUGGUAGAAUGGUUGCAGCUGAUAUCUGAGUUGUCUCUUCAAAGGGACAAAUUAGCUGAACUUGCCUUAAGUCAAAAUGAACUUGAAUGGGAUCAGGAACUGGAGAAGGCUCAAGUCCUAAAGGCAAGGAUUGAGCAAAUCCAAGCUUACUUUUCCUCUUCCAAAGAAAUGAAAAAGCUGGAGGAACAAGUUUUGAAAAGGAAAAAGAAAAGGGAAUGGCAGAGAAGAAGAAGAGAAGAAGAUUAUUUGCAGAAGCAGGAAUCAGAAGAGAGAAAAAAGAAGCUCCAUAAGAAAAUUGAUGAGUGGAGGUCGCAGAUUAUAGCAAAGGAUGAAGCAAAGAGAAGGGCUGAAUCAAUGAAGCAUGAAGCUGGAGGAGUAUUAGGAGAGGUGAAACGGAAACAAACUGAAGCAACCAAAGCUGUUGAUCUUUUGAGAGCUUUGAGAAAACUUAGAGAAGCUAGAAAACAAGAGGCUGAAGUCAAAGGGGUUUACCUCAAACCCACAGAGGAACAGAACAGAAGGUUUGACGAGAGAGUGAAGUGGCUUGAGGACGUCAUGGUGAGAAGAGAAGAACUGUAUGAAGCUGAAGAAAAGACUUUACAGGUCAUGUUGGCUGAAGAGGAGGAGGAGAAGGAGAAGGAGCGACGAGAAAUGCAAAGAAAAAAGCAAGAAUCUUUAGGUUUGUCAGAUCCAAUGGACUGGUUCCACAGCUACUACAGUCAAGCUGAGAGUGAUCUUCAAUCCUUACUACAAAUAAGGCGGCAGUGGGAUGCGUUCCUGGUACCCGAGAUGUUCCCAGGGGCGUCUCGUAUCCCCGACGGGUGUGUAACCCCCACGGAACCUUCGUCAGAGUUGUGGGCUACAGCACUUAUCGACAAGGGCUAGUUCAUGUCUAGCCCUUCAAAUUUAGCAAUAAAUUAUAGAAAUUCUAUCUCUGUUAGGGCAUUGUUACUUUAUUUCUGCGUUUGCGUAUAACUUAUCAAUAAAUUUAUUUUUUCA